AAAAAUCACUGCGCAUUUUUUUAGUUCCCUUAACAAAUUUUGAAAUUUUUGUACUAAAAAUUUCUAGAAUUAUGAACUUCUUCGUGAUCUUCUCCCUCCUUCUUGUUGGCCUUGUAUCCGCACAAUUCGGCUUUGGAGGCCAGCAAUCGUUCGGUGGACGCGGCGGACAAUUCGGGGGAAUGCAAAGAGGAGGAUUCAAUGGAAACCGCGGAGGAUUCGGCCAGCAAUCUCAGUUCGGAGGCCGUGGAGGUAACCAAUUCGGCGGCCGCGGGGGAAGCCAAUUCAAUGGAAGAGGUGGAAACCAAUUCGGAGGGCGCGGAGGAUUCGGAUUCGGAAAGAAAUAAUUUUUUUCAAAUAAAAUUUUCUGAAAUAAAUAUUUUUCAGAAUUUA